AUGAGAUACCCUUAUUCGCCGCCGUCGAGUGUUGGCUCAAACGACAGCGAUUCUCGUCUGUGUAUUGAUUUUCUUCUCAACGAACAAUCCCCAAAGAAUGUAUUUCCCAAGGAAGAAUACACCGACGAGGAUUCAUCCAACGAGGAAUUCCUCAGCGAAGGAAACCCCAACGCAAGGAUAUCCAGAAGUCCGCCACGAGAGAAGUACACAGAGGAGAAGAUGUUUUUCGUCUGGUACCAUCGGGUCGAUCUCGAUAUGCCGUGGGACAAAGUCACCAACGCUUACAACUGUUUCUUUCCAGAGGAUAGGAACAAGGGCGGCCUUCAGUGUCGCUUUUACCGAGCUCUGAAUCAGUACAACGUCAAGAAAAUUCGUGAACAAGCCCGACAUGGUCGAAUAACAGGGGGUGAGAUCGAGAAGUUCGGUGUUCUCGAUUGUACCAACAGGAGAUUCACCUGGAUGUUACCACACCAUCUGGCGGACAUCGGCAUACCCAUCCUGCGAGCGAGUCCCAGAAAACCGAGAGGCCAAAAGCAAGAAAAGACAAUAGGGAAUAUCGGGGAUCAACCGUGCUGA